AGCCCCAUACUGAGGACCAAUCAGAGAGCGCCAUGACUGAACACAAGAUCAGUUCGACUUCCGCAUCACAUGUGAAUGAAAUACUCCAAAGAUCCUUGGUCUCUGCUUGUAAAAGUAAAGUUGUGGCGAUACUCUUGGCCUAUCAGACGAGGGAAAUCAUUAUGAUGUCGUCAGUCUUCUGCCAGAGAGGAACACUGAAUGAAGACAAUAUCCUGGAGACUCCUCUGCCUGUCAAGAUAGACAGCAACAUCCCUUCCUGUAAGGGGGCACACUCUGUGAAGAACCAAACAUGUGCGCAUGAAGCCUCUGACUUGCCAGAUGCAUUUGGCCUGGAGGUGAUCCCUCACGCCAACAGAAUGGAAAAAUCUCAAAAUCAGCUGCAGGCUGACAAUGCAACCCCUGACACAGACACUAAAGAGGUCAACAUGAAUGCGGAGACCUUGUUGGAGAAGUACUCGGUGCCCAAUUACAACUUUCACACCUUCUACUACACCUGGUAUGGUAAUCCACAGUUCGAUGGGAAGUACCUCCACUGGGACCACCCCCUGCUUCCUCAUUGGGACUCAAAGGUGGCGGCUGCAUUCCCCAAGGGGCGGCACUCACCUCCAGACGACAUCGGCGCCAACUUUUACCCCGCCCUGGGGGCAUACAGCUCCAGAGACCCCACUGUCAUUGAUGCCCAUAUGCGUCAGAUGCGAAUGGCAGCUAUUGGUGUGCUGGCCAUCUCCUGGUAUCCCCCUGGUAUGAAAGAUGACAAUGGUGAAGCCACAGAUGAUAUUGUGCCUCUGAUCUUAGAUGCAGCUCACAAAUACCAGAUUAGGGUGACUUUUCAUAUUGAACCCUUUAAAGGCCGAGAUGAGAAGACUAUGUUUGACUGUGUCAAGUACAUUGUGGAAAAAUAUGGAGAGCACCCAGCUUUCUUCAGGUAUAAAACAAAGACUGGGAAGACCCUUCCUUUGUAUUACAUUUAUGACUCUUAUCUUCUGAGUCCAGAGAACUGGGCUCGACUUUUAAAUCCUAAUGCGAAGACCAGUAUCAGGAACACCCCUUAUGAUGGAAUCUUCUUGGCUCUUCUGGUAGAGGAGAAACACAAGAGGGCCAUCUUGUCUUCAGGCUUCGAUGGCAUGUACACUUAUUUUGCCACCAAUGGCUUCACCUACGGCUCAUCCUAUCGCAACUGGAAGUCUAUCAAGGCCUUCUGCGAUGCCAGCAGCCUGAUCUUUGUGCCCAGCGUCGGCCCGGGAUACAUCGACACCAACAUCCGGCCGUGGAACUCGCAGAACACGCGGAACCGCAUCAAGGGCAGGUACUACGAGACCGCCCUGAGUGCUGCGGCCGAGGCAGGUGCCCAGGUUGUCUCCAUAACCUCCUUCAAUGAGUGGCAUGAGGGCACCCAGAUAGAGAUGGCGGUGCCCAAGGCAGGGCACACUGCUUACCUGGACUACUUACCACAUAAGCCUGGCAACUACUUACAGAUAACAAGAAAGUGGGCUGAUACAUUUAGUGGUGAAUGAAGGGUUGUUUUGACAACCAAAUGUAAAAGCUCUGACUUAAACAAGAUAUUAAACUGUGAAUUUUCGAUUUUAUGCCAGUGGGGUAUGGGGUCUGUUAUUCCAUGGGAAUGUAUGGCAUUUUCUGACACGUCUGACACGUCUUUGCGGUGGGAUGUUUGCGAAAACAAGAAGAUUGCGGUGGGUUUUUUGCGAAAACAAGAAGUUUGCGGUGUAACGACCGGCCUAUAUGGCCAAACACUGCAAACACUUGUCUCACGCAAUGCAUUAGAGAUGACGAGCUGCACCCUAACUAUGUGCUGUUCCAUAUCACCUAUAAGAAUACCCAGUGUGCUCCACAUCUUUUACCUGUCAUUAUGCAAUAAUAAAAAGGAAAAUGAGAGAA